AUGAGUGCGACGGCAACUACGACAACGACGAUGACAACAGCAACAGCAGCAGCAGGGAUGGCGGCCGCGACGACAUCGACAUCACAAACAACAGAGGAGCUGACGCCGAGCACGUUAUGCAUGGCAUGCCAGUCAAUCUUCAGAAAUGAUACGAUGCGAAGUGACUCGGGCGAGGUUGCGCACCACGAUCUCGAGGCUCUGGCGGCACGAGCGUCAAAGUGCCAUUUAUGCCUGACUGUGUUCAUGAGCAUCGACCCCGAAGCGUAUCGAAAUUUCAGACGAGGCUCGAGUCAAGAGAGUAUAGGAUUUGCAUGGAUCAGCCCGAUCGCACGAGACCAAGCACGCCUUAAAUUUCGGUAUGUGAGGCCUGGAGGGGUGGAUCGAGAGAGUUCAAACGGAAGCAAUGCGAGUUUGAGUCUGCGCUCGACGCUGGUGGGCGGAGGAGACAAUCCCGUCGAUAAGGGAGAGGCGGUGUUGGUUGUCGAGUUAAUAUUAAUGAAUCCGAAAUAUGCCGUCGAACCAGGCGUGCGCACCAUCGAUGCGCGAAGCAUAAGUACAGCAUCCAGCGAGAGUUUCGAUUUAGCCCGGCAAUGGAUCCAGGACUGCAUGUUCAACCACAUGAGAUGUUCCGUGUCGGAGAUCAACGCCGCAUGGAAACCAACACACCUACUCGACGUCACUGUCCGAGGAGCCAAGGGCGCCCCGGGAGUCAAACUCGUCGACGGCAUGUUUCUGGACCCGUUGAGCGAGUACGUCACGCUCAGUCACUGCUGGGGCUCGUCCAAGCCGAUCCGUCUGCACAAGGGCACGCUCUCGGCACUGCGCCAGGGCGUCAGCGUGUCCAGCCUACCCAAGACGUUCGCCGAGGCGGCCGUGACGACGGAGCGGCUCGGGUUCCGGUACCUCUGGAUCGACGCGCUGUGCAUCAUGCACGACAACGAGGCCGCGGUGCUCAAGGAUAUCAGCCAGAUGCACAAGGUGUACAGCGAGGCGUCGCUCAACAUCGCCGCGACGAGUUCGCGCGGCGACGCCAGCGGACUGAUCUACACGCGCAACGUGACCGCGCUGCACCCGUGCGUCGUCGAGGUCAAGGGCAUGGGCGUCGACGACGGCAUGUACAAGAUCCUCCGGUCCACGCUGUGGCACGACCUGGUCGACUCGAGUCCGCUGAACAAGCGCGCCUGGGCUUUCCAGGAGCGGUGCCUGGCCAAGCGCACGCUGCACUUCACGAGGAACGAGCUGCUCUGGGAGUGCCAACAGAUGUGCUGCAGCGAGGUGUUCCCCAAGGGGCUGCCGGCCAACUCGGGCCCGCCGAGCAGCCGUGAGAACGUCGAGUUCUUCAACAAGCGCAUCCACCACCAGCGGCACGGCAACUGGCACCACCUGGUCAAGAUGUACAGUCCCAAGCGGAUGACGUACAGCACGGACAAACUGCUCGCCAUCGGCGGGCUGGCGAAACAGUACAUGGCCCGCAACCGGCUGCGGGAAGAGGACUACCUGGCCGGGAUGUGGAAGUCGCACUUGCCCCACGCGCUCCUGUGGCGGGUCGAGCACGGUCGCCGGCCGGCCAAGUACAGGGCGCCGACGUGGGCGUGGGCCUCGAUCGACGGCGAGGUCAAGUACCCCGAACCCGCGCAGAACUCUCGGGACACGUGCGUCGAGGUGAUCGACCUGGACAUGCGGUACAAGGCGGACAACUUUGGCCUGGUCGAGGGCGGGAGGAUGAAGGUGCGAGGCUUCAUGGCGCGGGGCCUGUUGAGGCGCACGCACGACUACUGGGGCCAGACUCCUUGCGUGAUCCAGUGCACCAAGGCCCAGGUCGAGCUCGAGUCGGCGAGUUUCGAUGACCGCCUGCCGAAACUGUCCGAGGCGUCGGGCAUGCUGACCGAGAUGCUCGAGGUUUAUCUGUUGCCGGUGAUCGACGUGGUCGACCGCGUCGAAGGUUUGUUGCUCUGUGCCACGAUGAAGAGGGGCGAGUUCAGACGGAUAGGUGCGUUUGACGUGUCGAGGUACGACCAGAUCAAUUGGGACCGGUUCAGGAGUGUGAUGAAGGGAGAGGCCGAGAUGAACAAUUACGAAGAGAGGUUGGACCAUACGAACGGGUAUUGGUUCGCGAGCGAUUACACCUAUACUAUCAAUGUGAUAUAAAGAGAGGUGGAGAUGGGGGGGAG